UUACAGCUCAUGGACACAUGAAAAUCCUCACCACCCCCAACGAUUCCAAUACCAUCACUGGCUUCAUGCUCUUGGGCUUCCCUUGCUCCAGGGAGGGUCAGAUCCUCCUGUUAGUGCUCUUCUCUGUUGUCUACCUCCUGACUCUUAUCGGGAACGGUUUUAUCAUCUGUGGUGUGCACUGGGAUCAGAGACUCCACACUCCCAUGUACAUCCUUCUCAGCAACUUCUCCUUCCUGGAGAUCUGGUAUGUCACCUCCACUGUCCCCAACAUGUUGGCCAACUUCCUCUCUGAGACCAAAGCUAUGUCCUUCUCUGGGUGCUUUCUGCAGUUUUAUUUCUUUUUCUCCCUGGGAUCUACAGAAUGCUUUUUCUUGGCGGUUAUGGCGUUUGAUCGUUAUCUUGCAAUCUGCCAGCCUCUACACUAUCCAACCAUUAUGACUGGACGUCUCUGCACCAAUCUUGUGGUCAAUUGCUGGGUAUUUGGUUUCCUCUGGUUCUUGAUUCCUAUUAUCAUCAUCUCCCAGAUGUCCUUCUGUGGAUCCAGGAUAAUUGACCACUUCCUAUGUGACCCAGGUCCUCUUCUAGCACUCAUUUGCAAAAGAUCUCCUGUGAUGGAGCUUGUCUUCUCCACCUUAAAUUUUCUGCCCCUUGUUAUUCUCUUUUCCUUCAUCGUGGGGUCCUACGCUCUGAUCCUAAGCACUGUACUAAAGGUCCCCUCAGCAGCUGGACAAAGAAAAGCCUUCUCCACCUGUGGGUCUCAUCUGGCUGUGGUUUCACUUUUCUAUGGCUCCGUACUGGUCAUGUAUGGGACUCCAACAUCUGAGCAUGAAGCUGGAAUGCAGAAAAUUGUGACCCUGUUUUAUUCUGUUGUGACCCCUCUCCUUAACCCUGUGAUAUACAGUCUUAGGAACAAAGAUAUGAAAAGAGCCCUGCAGAAAUUUCUGAAAAUAUAAAGAAGAGUGCUAAUCAAAAAGACUCUUGAGCAAUAUUAAACUCAUAUGUAACCUCUUUCUUGAAUUAAAAAAAGAAAAACAGGUGUCAUUCAUAUAAUUGUUCAUCCUAGUAUUGA